AUGGACACUAUUGUACCUUCGGCCAAUGCGGUCAUUCCUUCGUCGGAUGGAAUCCUGAAAUCGGUAAGCACUACCGUCACCGAUAUCAUCGACAGCAUAGACCUCAAGAGCCCACCCGCCCACGCUCUGGAACUGUCAUACUUGGAGCAAGCCAAUCCCCGUGGUUACACGCGCCCGAUGUUCUUUUUCCCCGCGGUCAAAGGUGUGAAUCAGAUGGAAGUGGCCGAGAUCUUUCGCAAAGCCCUGGAGCCGACACUCAAAGCCAUUCCAUCUUUGGCUUGCGAGAUCGUGCCAGUUGAAGACGGAAAGACGCCGACUGGAAGAACGGCUCUCAAACAUGGCAAAUUUGGUUCAUUGAUCGUCAAGGAUAUUCGCGGGACUGGCUUCUCAUACGAGGAAUUGCGGAAGCAGAAGUUUCCCCAAUCACGACUGGAUCCUGAUGUACUUUGCGCCUGUGAUGUGUUCCCUGUGCCUGGUGAGAUACAGCCCGCUUGGGUCCCGCAGCUGAACAUUGUUGAUGGAGGGUUCAUUCUUACUCUGCACAACCAUCACACACUGUACGAUGCUCAAGCCAUUAACGAGAUCCUCAGAGUAUGGUCGCAGAAUUGUCGGCACGUGCAGAACAAGGCUGUAUCUGCAUGCAGCUCUCUACCUGCAGAACAGUUCGAGAGGUCUGCUCACAUCACCACUCGUGCUUCAACAGCAGAUCUUGGCAACCCUGAACAACAUCCCGAGUUUGUCGUCGCUCCUUUUACUCUAUCUUGGCCUGAAGCUGUUUUCAGAGAUACGCACAGACAGCGCGUCUACCGUCUAUCCCCCAAAGCCCUUGCUGAACUCAAAAACGACUGCACCGAGUCUGGCGACUCGUGGAUUUCCACCAACGAUGCCGCAACAGCACUAAUGUGGCGAUGCAUCAUCCGUGCACAAACCGAUCUCGAUACCAUCCCCGAAGAUGUCAUGUCUCACCACAUUGUCGUUGUUGACUUGCGCCUCCGCUCCGACCCACCAUUGUCCAAACACUAUCCAGGAUGUCCGAUGAACUAUGCCCGACCCGGUAUGAAUCUUCGCCAACUAUGCAAUUCUACCUCGCUUGCUCCGCUUGCUCGCGCAAUCAGAAAUGCAGUCGAUGAACGCACGCCCGAGUACACGAAAUCGGUUGUCACUCUGCUCAACAAUAUCCCUGGAUAUGGGCACUUUGCUUGGACGUCUUUUGGAUCUCUGCUUGGCACCGAUUGCAUGACUUCUACAUGGUAUAAACUCGAUAUCCUGGACCUUGAUUUUGGUCCUGCGAUUGGACAGAUCGAGAGAGUCAGGUUCCCUACUGGGGGCUUGUUGAAUGGGCUUAGUCUGAUCUAUCCGCAGAUUACCAGAGGCGAGCAGCAAGACUUGGGCAUGGAGGUUGCAGUCGGACUUGAGAAGCAGUAUUUUGAAAAGUUGGACGAGGAUCCGGUUUGGUGCAAGUAUGCAGAGUUGACGGAUCCUGGGUAUGACUGUAUGUAG